AUGAAAAGCAAGAAAUGGCAAAUGGCAGCAGCGGCGGGCGCAGCUUUAGUAGCUGCUCGGCUUGCUCACUGGCAAUAUCAGCAAUAUGUUAUGUUUAAGAAGCGCCAUCAGUCUCUGAAACUACUACAAGAGGUAGAAAGUAUUGUCAUUGAGGUGGCUUCUCGACUGAUGCAAUUGGACAAUCAAGUGAAGGAGUUAUUGAAGUAUGAUAUCGACAAAGAGGGCGGCGUAACGGAGCUAGAUGAAGCAGCCGACUCUACGCUAAAUUCCUGUGCUUUAUCAAACUACCACUUUGACUCGCAGGCCAACAAGCUCAAAACAAAAUGGGACUCGUACGAUGUUGACGCUGAUUUGGAGACUGAUAAACAGGGAAAUACAAUAAGGAAAUUUAAUUUGGCUCGGUUAGUCCCAACGCACACAAGAUCGAAGGCGCUUGCUAUUUCACACGGGAUUGAGCAAGAAUUCGAAGCUGUGCUAUCGUUUCUGGACGAUAUUCGUGGUGACGUCGAAGUGAAGCGGCUGCGUAAGUCUAUUGUCAGCAAGAUCACCACAGAUUAUCUAGCUCGGAUCGACACCAUCCAAGCAAUGAUUAAAAGCGAUAGCUAG